UCUUCGCGGGACCGAGCGGCCGCCGCGGGCCCGGAAGGGGCCAGCUGCGGCAGGAAGUGGUGGGGGAAGGGGAGGCUCGGGACCGGAAAAGAAGGACUUCGGCAGGAAAAAGGGGAAUCUUAAACUGCGUGGUUCAGAAAGAGGUAAAUUGUUGUUCAUAGAGUCAAGAAAAAAAAAAAAAAAAGAACAACAAACCAAGCACCUAUUAAAGGACAAUCUGUGGGUUUCUCCUUCUGCACAGAAUUUCACAUUGUGACAGAGCCUCUGUGUGUGAGACAGAAGAAGAAUGGAGGAGUCCAGAAAAAAAUUUGUUGGUUUCAUAGACAAGGCACUAGCAACUGCCAGCACAAUGCAUCGUGAUGAACUGCUAUUUUCUUACAAGGGAAUUCCCUACCCUAGAGCAUUUUACAGUCCUGAAACAUUCAAAGCCUUGGAGUCCUUUGAAGCCAGAAGUGAUGAUGUAAUUUUGGCAGCAUACCCUAAAUCCGGCACAAACUGGCUAAGUCAAAUCUUAACUGACCUGAUAGCCAUAUCUCAAAAGAAAACACCAGGUAGUGAAAGCAGUGUGAAUGCUGAAGAACCAGAAGAAUUCCCCUACCUCGAAGCUGGAGAUGCUGAAAAAUUUGAGCGAAUGACCAAAUUACCUUCUCCAAGAUUUAUGGUUACUAAUCUCCGCCCUGAAAAUCUUCCCCAGUCUAUCUUCAAAAACAAUGCCAAGAUAUUGUUACUGAUUCGUAAUCCAAAAGAUGUAGCUACAUCUUAUUACCAUUUUUCCAAUGGCGUGACUACUGUUCCUUCCUAUGAGACCUGGGAUGAUUUCUUCACAGAUUUCAUGACAAAGAAAACGGCCUGGGGAUGCUACCUUGAAUACCUUUCUGAAUGGAACAAAUAUGCUGACAAAGAAAAUAUUAUGACAAUAACUUAUGAAGAGAUAAAAGAGAAUCCUGCCCUGAGUGUGAAAAACAUAGCUACAUUCUUUGGAAUUGCUCUGACUGAGGAACAGCUCCAGCUGGUGGUAGAGAGGAGCAGCUUCCAGUCUAUGAAGAAAAACUCAGACAAGACCCAUGGGUCAUUUGGCAAGGUUCUCUUUCGCAAAGGUGGCGUAAGUGACUGGAAGAAUCUUUUCAGUGAAGAUCAGAAUGUGAAGAUGGACAAAGCAUUUGAAGAACAUAUAGCAGGAACGACACUCGGAAAAAAGUUGAAGUAUGACUUAUACUGCAAAGCCUGAAGAGAAAUUAAACGUGGUUAGGACAAGAAUUUUGCCAGGCAGACUAAGAUCAUCUGAAUGGUAUAUACUGGAAAACUAGAUCAAAUGAUCCAAGCACCUUAGAAUUACUCUACUCAUUGCAGCAGCCUUUACAUUGACAGUGAUGAGUGAUGAGCCUUUUGUUUAAUGGUGAGAUCUUUGCUAUACUGAUUUGCUGAAGAAGAUGCCAACUAAUCAUAUUUACAAAAACUCAACAGCCCUGUUCCAGCUGUCACCUGGAAGGAAAUGCCCCUUUUCUUUCUAGACAAAUUCUAUCUUUGUAGACGAUUUCUAAUUAUUUAGUAUGCAGAUAAUUUUUUUCUUUAAAAAUGUUUGAAAUCAGGCAACAUCUUCACAGAAAAUAUCACUAGCAAAAAUAGGGAUAUGACAGAAGCCUAAUGUCAAAGGAGAUCUUCCAUGAAUUCAGUGCAAACUAAAUCACAGCUAGAGAAAGGAGAAAGAAGGAGAAUAUGGAUCAGAGUUCUUAAGGCCCUUCAUCUCUCUGAACGCAAAAUAUCAAAAUGGAUUUUAGAUUUGUCAUAGUUUGAGGCUGGCACAAUGCCAGUACUCCCAUGAAAAUAUACUUUCCCUAGUGGCUUCUGUGAGAUGUGAUCAGGAACACAGCAAAGCAGGCUCCAACUUAGGAGUAAAGGAAACAAACUUUAUUAACUACAAUAUCUAAAAAGGAACAGACACAGAACUAAGAAUGAAAACCCUCCAAAUACAUUCCUCCUCCUCCUCCCCCCAUUUCCUCCACAGCAUGAAAUAACACCUUAGAUUUCCGCUCCAGCACCAUCUCUCAGAUAAUCAAUUUUCAGUCUAUCACCACCCCUUAAAUAAUCAACCCUCAAGUCCAUCAGGGAGAGAGGAUUCCCCCCUUGCACCAUAGGCUUCCCCCAGAAACACAGUUGAAACCUCUUGUGUUUCCAUGUCACUCGUGGCACUGCCCACAGAACAUCUGCCCUCGUGACUUCUUCCUUCCAUGUCCAGUGCUCUCAUCACUGCACAUGGACCAGGACUGCUUUUAGGGUUCCCCUUUUAAGGACACCCCGCCCAGUUCCAAAAGCAGCAGUGUCUCAGCUUCGGGACACCAGUCCCCUCCAGAUUUACCCCCUGGGGCUGAGGGGCCUCGUGAACAGAGAUCCUCCUCUCCACUGAAGACAGAGGACAUCCCACACCCUUCUUAGCUGUCUCUGUUCAUGCCACUGCUUCACUGCACUCUCUUUGGCUUUAAGGCAUUGCCUCCCCCUAAAUGCAGUCUCUGGGUCACAGGAAAAACAUGGGUCUGUGAAGAAAGGUGUUUCCUGGGCUGUUGGGGUCCACUCCGGCUAGCUAUAGACCCUUGCCCAGAUGAUACUUCAUAGACAAAGGUACAAGAUUAGAGAAGCACUCUCCUCCACGUGGGAAACGUUGUCCUUUAUUUCAAGACACACAUCAGGCAGACAAACCCAUGGGAGAAAGAGAGCGUUCCCUGGCAGCAGGGAGCUUUUAUACCCCCCGGGAUGGGGACAGAGGGAGAGGUCCACAGCCAUUGAGAUACCAGCGAGGAGUGGCUAGAGGAGGGGUAACCCAGGGGAGAGACCACCAAGUGAUAUCAGGACAGGUGAGGGAAAGACCUUGUGAUGGGGAAAUGGGGUAACAAACCACAUAAUAUAACAUAAGCUAUACAGUGCAAUAUAAAACUAUUCUGUGCAAAUUCCCAAUCACCCAGUGCAAGAGAACAACUAAACUGGUGCACCACAACACCUCCCCCUUCUCUGUUAAAAAAAAUUCAAGGAAAAGCAUGUGUGUUUCAAGUUCAGGGGUCAUCUGGAAUGCAGCUAAUGCUUUCAGGAAUAUUCUUCCUUUUUCCGACGGUGUUUCUCUUUGAGAUGACAGCUGCUUGCUUCUUCUGUCUGUCUGCUGGAGCUGGAUUCUUGGGGAUGAAAGGUUUUACCCAUUUUUGGGGUAUCCAUCGAGGGCCUCUGGGGGUGGACACACGUGUAGCCACACCCCCAGGUGACAAGCUCAUAAGGACCCUUGGUUUCCCAAGUUUCUGUGUCCUUAAUGAGAACUGGUAGAUGCUGUGAUAACUUAAACCGAUUGUUAUUCUGAAAAUGCCACACUACUGGAGGAUUCAUGUUUUCGAAUGAAAAAUUAAAAAAAUUAAUCUUAAA